AUGGCUUCAGCUUUUCCUAAAUUGCCUGGUUUUGUACCUACACAAGAAUUAGAUGUAUUAUACCAAUUUAUAUACAUUAGAAACCCAACUUCAGAAAGGUCUCAGCUGUUAAACAAGAAUAAAAUAGAGAAAUUGUAACAAAUUGAAAUUCUAAUCUUUUUUUUAUAGAAACAACUGCCAAAUAAAGAAUAUCCAGUACCUCGUAAAUAACCAAUACAAGUGCCAUCAUAAACAGGAAUGUUCAACCCUGAUUAUUUAAGCACAACUCAUGCUAUGCAUUUGCCAAAGGUAUACAAUCUAAUCAGUUACAUCAAUAAGAAUUCAAAUAAUGAUUCAGAAGAGCUCUACCAACCAAGUUGGGUUAAGAUGGAUAGACAUGUUCUUAGAUUUAGUGGCUUCUUCAAAGAGGCUGUUGUUGAGUCAGCCCUAGAAAAUUACAGAAUUCGCAAAUUAACAAUAUUUUACUUUUUGGAAGACCAUUCAAUUAGCAUUACAGAACCUAAAUAAGAAAAUAGUGGUGUUCCUUAGGGAGCAUUCCUUAAAAGAUAGAAAGUAAAAACCUCUCGUUAAUGAUGCUUAAGGUUUUAAGGGCUGAUGGCUCAAAAACAUUCAUUAUACCAGAAGACUUUAGAAUCAAUUAAGAUAUUGAGAUAUUUGGCAAAACCAUAAGACUUUAUGAUUGUGAUCAAUAUACAAGAGAAUUUUAUGAGGUUUCAUUCUAAUUUUAAAUUUCUUAUAGGGUAUUGGAUAACCACAAGAGCAAUCAUUCACACCAUAAUCAGAUUAAUUUGAAACAAAGACUAUGACUAAGUAUAUCCCUUAGAAAGAUACAGUCAUGAAGGACUACUUAGAACAUAAAUUAGGAGGAGGAAAAGUUACAUCUCAAAAGCAAUUCUUAGAAAAUGAUAGGAAAGUAUUAUGAUUCUACAUUACUAAAAGGUUUUAAAAUUCUAUGUAUUCUCUGAUAUUGAAUAUGUCUUGCAUUACUAUUUGGCUGAUGAUACUAUUGAAAUAAAAGAAAUUAAUUCUGCAAAUUCAGGAAGAGUUCCAUUUCCCAUGAUGUUGAGGAGAUAGAAGUUACCACGAAAAUUCUCACUCAAUUAACCUGGAUAAACAUAUGCUGAAGAUUUCAUAAGACCAUAAGACAUUCAAUUUGGAUAACCAUUAAUUAUUUAUAACAGAAAAUUUACCAUUCAAGGUUGUGAUCCCUUUACAAGACAUUAUUAUUAAGAAAAGUUUGAUGUUGAUUUUCCUUUGGGUGGUUAGGAAGAGUAAUAAAUAGAAUAAAGAUCAAGUAUUUUUAUAAUUAAUAAUAUUAUUAAUUAGACAUUAUCAUUCCUCCUCAUAAUGGUAUUGGUGAUGAAUAAGAUUCAUUAGGAUAUAUUUAUAGAUUAUAACCUAAACCACCCAAGAAGGAUUUCUUUAAAUGGGUUGAUAAUUAAGUAAAUCUAAGAUUUUUGGCCAUGUUCAAUACUACAAAACCUGAGGAUAAAGACAGGUUAUUAUAUUUAAUUUAUUAUUAGAGUUUUUGUAAUUACUUAUUUUUUAAAUGAUGAUAGUCUUUUAAUAUAUGAACCAACUGUUAGAAAUUCUGGUAUAUUUCAAAAUUUUAAUUUUAUUAGGUAUUCCAGAUGGUAAAUUUUUGGAGAAAAGAAAAUACAAAAACGCAUAUAAUAAUAAUGAGUUUUUCUCACCUAAAGAUUUGAUUGUAGGAAAUGAAGUUAUGAUUAAUGGAUGGAAGUUUUAAUUACUGGAUUGUGAUGAAUUCACUAAAAAAUGGUAUGCUGAUAAUUUUAAAUGA